GUGAUCGUAUUCUGGCUGUAAAUGGGAAUAGUCUAGAACAAGUCACACACGAGAAAGCAGUAUCUUUGCUAAAAACCACUUCAUCUACUGUAGAAUUGGUCGUCUCUCAAAGUCCUCACAAUGUCUCUGCUUUAGAUCUAUCUAAUAUCCCGGGUGCAUCAUCAACAAAUGAAGAACCUCAAACACUGGAAGUAAAACCUCUCAUCACCCCUCCCCAACAUGGUAAACGAUAUCACGUAGAAUCACCCUGGUCAUCAAACACCCAGUCACCCACUGAAUCACCGGCAUCUACUUUCAACUUUCCUUCUGAAGACGAACCUGUCACUAUGAUUUCCAAGUCUAUCUCCUCGUUGGCUGCCAAUCCACCAAGUUACGAAGAUAUUGAGUCACCUACAGCCAAACGUAAAGUGGACAAGCUUGAAGUGGAAGAGAGCGUACCAGAACCUGUAACCAUGACAACUGCACAUGCAUUAAACUCAGCUCCCAAUGACAUAACAGCACGAACCAAGUUCACCCCGCCAUUGGCUAAAACUAGACUAGACUCGCUGGAUUCUCACCAAUCAGAAAUGAGCAGUGAAUCAUACACUGCGGGGUCUGAGAGAUCAACAGAUCUGGACAUUUCGGACAAAAGUUUUAUUGUAGAGUUGGAGAAGGUUGAUGGUAGCCUGGGACUCAGUGUAACGGGUGGCAUCAAUACGACCGUCAAACACGGAGCUAUCUAUGUCAAGUCAUUAAUAUUGAACGGCCCUGCGGACCGGAAUGGUCGUGUGAGGGUUGGUGACCGUAUAUUGGAGGUCAAUGGUAUCAGCCUUAAGUCAGUGACUCAUAAACAAGCUGUGGAGAUCAUAAAACGAACACCUCAACACUGCAAAAUACUUAUUGAUCGGUCGAUACAUGUCAAUGUACCUACAUCAAUAAAAAAGACGAGGAACCCGACACCUGACGAGCCAUUUGUGGUCGAGUUGAGAAAAGGUAUUGGUGGAUUGGGUCUGAGUUUGGUGGGUGGACGAGAUGCAGACCCUCAGCAUGGAGGACUUCUUCGUAUCAAGAAGAUGUUCCCAGGUCAGCCUGCAGCCCUCAGUAACCAACUGCAACUAGGAGACAUCGUGUUAGAGGUCAACGGUAACAGUCUGGAAAAUGCUUCCCAUCAAGACGCUAUUAACAUGAUUCGUCAUGAGCCUUCAAUUGUACGAUUAUUAGUGAAACGCAGUCCUUCCUCUAUUCCAGCGGUAUUACUUAGUCGAGCAUCCUCAGAUGCUAGCGAUAUCGACCCUGUUCAAUUACUGAACGAUAUACAAAGCAAGCUGAGAACUGAUGCUGUGAAAUCACCACCACAGGGAUUGCAAACCAACGUGAUUUCGGAGUCCCGACCUACUUCAAAAUCAAUCAAUGAAAACAUUAUUUCGGAUGAAUUGCCGAGUCGGGAAGGUUUACCGGACCGCACUGAAGUAUGGGUAAAACAAGAGUCGUCUAGUUUCAUACCACGUGGUUUUGAGAACGAUAAGCCAUUAACACAUCAGUUAUCAGAUCCAUUGGCUAGGUUACCGAGGCAUAUCGAACACGAGCCAAUCACAACUUCUAACUCUUUACCAGGGAAAUUCGCCUUGAAAUCUCGUUACUUUGACAAAGUUCCUGAAGAAAAGACGGUUGAGAAAAAAGAAUCUGUUAGCUCGGUAACUAGUGACUUAGAGAAGAGAAACUCUGGUAAGAUAGUGAGUGAGUCAGAUCUGCCAUCAUUGGUAAAGAAUUUAAAGAGCCAAGAUAGUUUACACAGAACUAUGUCACCUCAGGCUCCUCUUGCUGAAUAUGAAGAGAGUGAUAUUGAUGAGGGAAUCAUGAUCAGUGUUGAUGAUGGUACUAUAAUGAACAUUAGCGAUGAUACUGAUCACGAUGAUGACAUUGAGAAAACAUUGAUUAACACUGAUCUGGAGUUAUCUUAUGACAAAGAUGAUUCUACUAAUAUUGACAAGACUGAUCUUCACUUUAGCGAUAGUGAAAAGGAGACUAUUACCACUUAUGAUAAUACAACAGACGUUAUGCUAACAGCAGCAGAUCAUAUUCAUACGAUAUCUAAUGACCGCAAUGAUGAUACUUUAGAAUCAGUUCCUCCAGUGACUGUCAAUUUGACUGAUAAUGAUGAUAACGGUUCUAUAGAUGACAAUUCAAACAGCGAUGAGGACAGCGAUGAGGACAUUGACUCAGUUUUGGAGCUUCUCGAUGCUGCUCACAGAGACUCCAAAGAUGAAACUGCGAAUUUGUUAGAAAAGCGACAGGAUGAUAAGAUUAUACUAGACAUACAAGAGCCAGAACAGGCACCACUUAAUCAUGCGGCUAUCAUGGAGAAGAAAAAUGUAUAUUCAACUGAAAGUGAACCAGAACUAAAACUAACUGAAACGUCUUUCAGUGAAACAUACGAAGAUAUUCCAGAUAAAUCGUUUAGUGUCGUUAAUGGUGAAGUUAGUGACAGCGAUGAAGAAAGCCAUCACAGUGAUGUCAAUCAAGAUAACCGUGAUGAGACUAUCAAUCACGAUUCUAAUCAGACAGAUAAGCCAAUACUGACUCCUAAAGAAGAAUUGUUGACCGUAGAGCUUGAAAAGCAAGAUUCAGGUGGUCUUGGCUUCACCUUGGCCGGAGGUGCCGAUACAAUGGGGGGCUGCUUUGUCAGGGACAUUAUCGGUGACCCGGCCAAAGCAGAUGGAAGAUUACAGAAAGGAGAUCAAAUUUUACAGGUGGAUGAUAUUGAUAUACGACAAAUGAAGCACAUGGCAGCAGUCAAUGUAUUGAGAGCUACUAAGAAGAACGUCAAACUGAUAGUUCUACGUAGACCUACCCUGGUUGUUAAUGAUGGUCGUUCACUAGAGACUGUCAAUCUCACUCGUACUAGUCGCGGUCGUAUUGGACUACUGCUUACUGAAGGCGAAGAGGGAAUUAUACUUGUUGAUGAUGUGGUUCCUGGUGAGCCUGCUGCCGUAGAGGGUAACCUAAAACAUGGCGAUAGGAUAGUGGAGAUUGCCGGUCGUAAAGUUGAUGGUAUCGGUUUCUUGGCCGCCAGGCAGUACCUUGACGCAUCACGUCCCGUAGUGCAGUUGCUAGUAGAAAGGAGGAACCAGGCUGCGUUCUCCAAGUACAGCAUGGGUGGAACCUCGCUGGAGCAAAGCUUUUCUUUAUCAGAGGACCUUACAGCUAAUCUUAGUCAGUCCGACGAAGACAAUUCCGAUCAGGAAUCGGAUAUCGUGCAGGAAACGGGUGAAGUAAUCAAAGUGGAACUAGAAAAAGGACCUCGUGGGUUUGGGUUUAGUCUUGCGCCUCCUUCGUCUGAAUCACAGACUCAGGGUAUAUUCAUCAAGACCAUAAGUCCAGGGAGUGUCGCCGAGAAAGAUGGGCGACUUCAAGUUGGCGACCAGUUACUAACGGUGAAUGAAGAAGAUGUCCGUGGUCUCAGCCAUGCUAGGGUAAUAGGCAUGCUACGUAAAGUUACUACAACUGUUACACUCGAAAUAAGAAGGCCUGGCGAUAGUGAAAGACCAAGUAAACAAACAACAAGCACUGCAUCUUUAAAGAAUGUCCGUAGUUCACCGCCACUCAAUGGUGUGGAUCUUGAUAUAACAUUAGAAGAUAAAAAG